AUGGACUCCUACGUUGAAGUCGAUAUGAGUGACGUGGAGACAGGCUCAGAUAUUGAAAACUAUUACGAUGCAGAAGAAUUUGAUGAUUUUAUAGACUACGGAGACGAAGAAGUUACUAAAAUUAAGCUACCAAAGAAACACGAGACAAUUGCAGGACAGUCAGCAGAUCAACCCAUUGAAAUAGACCAUGACAAAGGUAGUGCAGAGGGGGGAGUAGUGGAAGAAGAGGAAGAAGAGGAAGAAGAGGAGGAAGAAGAAGACAGGCUAAGAUCUUUAUCAACGACUCUAAAGCCAAAUGAAACUCAUGCACAAAAAUUAUUGCGUGCACAUAUCGCCAUCUUGGUAUCUGCAUUGGGUGGUGUUGACCAUACAUCAGAAGUCAAACCCCCUCCAUAUAAACUAGGUCAUGAUGCAUUGGCGUGUCUAAAAGAUAUAAAAAGAUGGAUCAGGGCUGUUGAUGAAAAACAAAACAACUAUGAAGUAGCACUCGCUUGUGCUGAUUGUGGAUUAAUUCAAAAUGAUAUCUUGGUCAUACUUUGUCAAUGGGAGCAAAAAAUGGCCAAAAAGGAGAUAAUCAGAAACAAGACUUCAAUGGAGAAGAUAAUGCUUUCGUGUUUGGAAAUACUUGUGCUUUUAACGUGGCCAGUGGAUUUUGACAAGAAUUUGUCAGACAAUCAAAAAUUGUUGUAUGCAAAUAUCAGAAAAAUUCACGUCCUGUACAAGAAACACAUUUUAACCUACAAUGGUGGACAAUUGUUGAAAGCAGUGAUUAGACUAGUACUACCUGUUCUACAAAAAUCAAAGAUCGAUCGAGAACCUCGUGAAAAUCAAAUCCUACGACUUGUAUUGUACCUUGUUAGAAAUAUUUUAGCCAUUGAACCUGCAACAUCUUCAAUUUCAUCAAAAGCAAGAAACACAAUUGUCGCAUCGGCAGAUUUACCUAGUGGUGUUUCUCAAGAUGACAUUUCGAUAAACAAUGUCUUAAAAGUGUUUAAAAGGAACAAGGUCCUUAUGCUUUUGUUAACUAUCUCAGGAUCAAUUAAUGUUGAAUUUGAUAAGGAAUUGUUUGGUGAAGUUACACUUGAGUGUAUUUACUUGAUGAUAAAAGGGAUUGAGGCGAAGGAUGUACUUGUUCGUCCACCUCCAUUACCAUAUGCUCCCAGCGUAUCGACUGAUGCAUCUGCACCAUUGGCACCAUUGUCGAGCACAGUAGGAAUGCAAUUGCUGGAUCUACUAGCAACUGAAGCUAGAAAGAAACAAGCACAAACCCUGAAAAUUGCCACCAGACAUGGUAAGUUUGGUACAUUAUUAUCCAUUCGUUCUUCAGAUGCAACUUCCUACGUGGUAUCUGGAGAAGAAGCGUUGGCAAAUACUGAUGGAACUUUGGACAAACUAGACAAGUCGAAGACUUGGAAGAAUCCGAAUCAUUUCAAAUACGAUUCCGAUGACUAUGUACAGACGAGCUCACCCGUGUAUCUCACAGCUCAAGGCCGACAUAUUUUUUUUGAGUUUAUUGAUGAAUUUCUAUCAGGUGGUUGUUUCAAUAACUUGAUUGAAGUAAUGGCAUCGAAACUUACAAGUCAAUCGGAAUAUUCAACCGUAGAUGAUCUAUCAAAUGCCAGUUAUUUCUUCACUAUUGCAUGGUUCUUGAACUAUCAACGAGAACAAAUUAUGCUAAACAAUACAGCGUCGUUUGAUUUUGGUUCCGUUAGGGCAGCAUUGAGUGAAAUCAAUUUCAUUUUGAUUGUAACUUAUUUUCGUGACUCAUUUGCGAAGAAAUCAUGGAACUCGCUACAUGUGGCCAUGAUUUGUUUUAAAGAAUUGCUUCAAAUAUCGAACUCGAUAUUUGGAAAAAAGAGAACUACCACCGAUGAAGAAGAAGAAGAUACUCAAUAUGAAAUUGAUCGUGAGUUGGCUGAAGGUAUAAUUAGGAAAUUAUUUUCAUUCAACGAUUUUCUAAACAUUUUAGUGUUGAUCCCGCAAUCAGCAUUCAAACAUUCACCGCGAUUUUUGAAACAGUCAAUCCAUGUGAUCACCAUCAUUUUGAAAUCGUUUGAGUCCUUUGCCAAGGAGGAUUUACAACUUUAUGUUCAAACUAAACGGAAACAGGGUAAACAAAACCGCAAACGAAUUAACGAAUUGAAUCGAGAUACAGAUGCAAAACUCUCUGCAGCCAUUUAUGAUUCUGACGAUGAAGCCAUUGCUGAAAAUAUACGUGAGGUUACUCGAGAACGGAGAUUGAAUUUUCAAGCUACUGAAGUGAGGUUUUUCCAUCAAGCUAUCGUUACUGCAUAUAUUGAAUAUUUGUCUCGAUUCCAAGAUUUGACUCAUGAUGAUAUCAAAAUAUGUUUGAGCUAUUUCCAUAAAUUGUUUGUUGUUAGAAAGGAUUAUAACGGGUUGUUUCGGUUAGAUUUUAUGCAGAUGUUGCACAAAUUAAAGAGCCAUUUACCAAGAGGUUCGUCAAUUAGAUUGAAAGUGGAGGAGUUUAUCUAUUAUUUUAUGAAAAAAUUCAAAGUGGCUCUUGGUCGGUUCCCCAAUAUAAUUGAAGUCUUGUUCCCCAGGAUCGAGGAGAGUGCUUGCAAGUGUUAUUUAUCAACUGGCGAUUUAUACGAGAAGGAGGAUUUGUUGGAACGAAGAUUUGAACGUAAGCUCCAACAGCAAGGCGAUGGUGAUAAAGCCUACAAAGGAGAUGGUGAAGAAGAUGGUGAUGGUGAUGGUGAUGACGACGACAUUGCAUUUGAAUUGGAUGCUAAUCCAAAUUCGUCAAGACAACACGGAACUGAGUUAGAUCUAUUGGAUGAAUUGGAAGCUCAAUUGAACUCACAACAUCAACCACGAUCCAAGAACUUGGAACCAGGUAAAGCCCACAAGAGAAGAUCAAAGACAAAGACCAAACCGAGCAAGAGUAAUGAGACUUCGAGAAGAAGAAUAAUUCCCGCGGGUUUACUUGAAGAUUCACAGCCAGCGCGAUCAGCUGAAUUUGUUCAUGACUCAGAUGAUGAUUCGGAUGACGAACGACAUCAAGAAUUUUUCGUUCGUGAGGAAAGAUUAAGGAAAUUAUUGAAUGAAAUUGGAAGCAUUACCAACAAUGAAAAAUUGGAAGAGUUUAAAAAAGUAUGGCUGGUGUAUUCAAAGAAUGGGAACAAGGAAGUUGCAAAUGUUGUAAACAAUGCAGUCGAGGAGGUAUCAUUGUUUGUUGAGGAAGAAGAAGAAGAAGAUGAUGAUGAGGGAGAGAAAGAGGAAGUGGAAGAGGGAGACCUCACGCAAAGUCACACAGUGAACAACGCAUUGCUUGAAAGUGAGGACAGUGACCCCCGUCAAAGCGAGGAGGAAGACGAACCGGAUCACUCUUCUUCCAAUACAUCCGAUAUGGAUUCCGACAACAACAACAAACGUGCACAGACCGAGGAACAUCCAGAAGCUAUCACAAGAAAGAGGCGACUUGUCAUAAGUGAUGACGAAGAUGAUUAA